AUGUUGCAGGACGUGCUUGUUACAGGGUGGCUCUUCCUCCUCCCUGCCGUGUCGCUGUGCGCGCUACGCGUUGGCUUUGGCUGCUCGGGGGCGACGCUGUACCUGGCGAAUGCUCCGGUCCUAUUCAUAAUGGCGUGCACAUUAUGGCUGCGGUCGGAGCUGCUUGCGCGCAGGUACCUGCGGGCUGUGGGGCACCACUGUGGUAAGCGAGACGACCCGCGGGCUGCACAUCAUGCUGGUGUCUCGCGUAAUUCCCCCAUUCUACCCGCAAUAGCUGCGCUGGUGUUGCUCCUGUGUGCCCUGUGGCACUUGACGGCCGCUGUGCUGUUCUUGCUGCAGGCGACGGGCACAUGGUAG